AUGCAUAGAUCACUAUGGUUACCACUCUCCAAUCCAGCAACAUACCAAUCCUUAAUGGAUCCAAUUCCAAUAUAUCCAACUCAAUCUCAUGCUAUUGCAUGGCAAGAAACUUGGCCAUUCAUUCUUGCAACCCUCUCAAUUUAUUUUUGUGUUUCAGCUAGUCUUUUAUAUGGAUUCUAUGGCGAUUCUCAUUUGAUUCUUGGUCCAAGUUCAUCGCGUUUGGUAAUAGCAAGCUCGAUUUUUGUCGAACAAAUUCAAGUAACCAAUGAGUAUACUAAUAGAAGUGAUGUUCAUCUUUACGCUUUCAAUGAGAAACCUCAGUUAAGUUCACAAAUAAAUUGGACUACGUCCAAGUUCUUAGCUCUUCAACCAUAUAAUCGCAAGGGAAUUUCUUUGUGGUUAAAUAAAGGCUCUACUAUAUUUUUGAGGUGGGAAGCAGAUGCUGGUAGUUUAAAUCAACUUGAAGGGAUGGUGAUUAAAGGAGAAAGGAAGUAUGAAAAACUAAAGCCUAAACAAACUACCUUCCCCGAGGCAAUGCCAAUGGUUGUUAGAGAGACCAACAAUGGUAAAGAAGCUGAAUACAUUGUUGAGGAAGAUGAUAGAUACCACAUUGGUGUUCUAAACAUGAAUCCAAGGAACAUAAUCUUGACCAUGAAUGUCAAUGUUUCUGCAAAGAUAUAUGAUACUACAAAGUCAACAAAUAUGUGCUCUACUAGGAAUGGAUCAUGCAAACUUGGCACUUUUUUCCCUAUCACAUAUUAUGUGCUUCUCACAUCACCAAAUAAUGAAAAUAAUGAUGAUGGUGAUGCAUGGUUUGUUGAAGUUUCUUUUUUAGCUCGUGUUUUUUCCUACAUAAUUCUUCUAGGAAUUUUCAUGAUAGUGAUUUUUCUAAUAUUGAAAUGCCUUGGAGAUGGUGAUGGUGACAAUAACAAUGUAGUUGCACAGCAAGAAGUAACCGAAACCGAACCUCUCGUAAGUGCGCAGACGAAUAUAGUGACAUAUGGAACAAACAAAUUUCAUGAAAAGGAAGAAUGUGAUUCAGAAUCAGAUGUGUCAAGUAGUUCUUCAGAAGAGUUAUACAAUGAAAAAUUGUGCAUAAUUUGUUAUGAUGAGCAGAGAAAUUGUUUCUUUGUUCCUUGUGGUCAUUGUGCUACUUGCUAUGAUUGUGCACAAAGGAUUGUGAAUGGGGACAGUAAGGUUUGUCCUGUAUGCAGGAGGCUUCUUCAUAGAGUGAGGAGAUUAUUCAAUAGUUAG